AUGGAUGUCGCAGCAUCAGUUGUGGGUCUCCUCCUCGCGGCUUCUACCGCCUACACGACCAUAGACAAUUUCAUAUCCGCCUGCACUAAUGCGCCCGAUAUCGCGCAAGAGAUCCUCGCGGAAGUGCGUGAUUUCGAGUACGCCCUAACAAGACUUCGUGCUAGGAUAUCGAAACGGGAGGAAAUGACUCCGCUGGGAGCAAUGGCGACCGACGCCACCCAGUUGGCGGUCACACUCGCCUCCUGCACUUUAACCUUCUCGCAGCUAGAAAGGAUAAUUGAUGGUUUAAUGCCGAAGCGGGCGCCAGUUAAAGAAAUGAGUGUUUACAGCCGACUCCGCUGGACAUGGGAGAACUCAAAUCUCACUAUCCUCGUAAGACGUAUCCAGCAACAUAAGGCGACUUUAACAUUACUUCUUACAAUAUGGAUGAGUGAGUCCUCAGCUGAAGCAGAAAGCAUGGUGGAUUCUCUAAACGACAUUCUCGAAACUCUAACAACAGUGACCAAGGCCAUCCCGGCUCUGGCUACACCCCCUACCUCCCCCGCCGAUCUAGAGCCCUCAUCAUCUGAGAUCGAGCGCCUACCUACCCAUCUAGGGACCAGCACAGAUGUGCGCUGCUCUGAUUCAACAUCAAUCAUGUCGGUAGUGUCACGAAUGUCCUUCACAGCCUUACUUCGAAACAGCCGCCCCUACCGCAAUCGUGAUAUGCUCAUGCCUUCAUCAUUCUCCUUGUCUACUUCGCAGCGUCGUGGGACACAGUGGUCCACCUUCUCCAUUGGGUCAAACACCUCAGUAUUCUCUUUACCUUUCACCGACUUUCAACUUUCAGAUAAGCCGCUGGCGGAGGAAUCUAGUAUAUACAAGAUCCGGGUUCCUAUGAAACAUGAUUUACUGUUUAACGAGUGGCGAUAUCCGAAUCUCGGCCAUCUCGAACCUCCCCUAGACCGACGCCACUGGAUGUCCCUUGAGGGUAGGCGGAUACUUUCGGCCCUACUCCACUUGGAUGAUCCUCAGAUCUUUAAAGAUAUGAUAUCGUAUUGGACUACCACGAACGCGAUCGGCACUAAUUCUUUCCUCCAUUACCACGUGGCGAUGUCUGGAGGCGAAAAUCUUAUGAAGGCCGUCCUCGACAGUAAUUCAGAUACUGACCGCAUGCCUUUACUCCAUGGGGCAGUGCGAGGGAAUAAUGAAGUCACGUUAAGGGUACUCCUUGCAGCGGGAGCUGAUCCCACAAUACCUGAUCUCGGAGGCAGAACGUGUUUGGAUUACGCAAAGGAGCUGGGGAUGGGGAAAAUACUAGCCAUAUUAAGUGAGGAGCCGGAGAAGGCAAUUCCGAUUGGUUAA